AUGUCUUCUUCAGAGGAAGAAUUGACACCAUCUUCCAAGCUUUCCCGCUAUUUCGAGACCACCCUGGUCCGCUUCCUGAGUGUCGAAGAAGAACAGGAGAUUGUCCGCUUGUGUCGAGAGCAUCCCGAGUUGGUCUCCCAGAAAUUCAGGCGCAAUCGAUUCGGCCCCGAGUGGACGCCAUUGGAAUUCCUGUUGCGAGUCAAGGCAAGGCUGAAGACGAUACAAGCAAUCUGCAACGCAUAUCCGGAGGCACACGCCCUAUCAGUUCCAGCUUUGUGUGGGCUCUCCGCCAACUCUCGAGAGCCAGGAGUGAUUGCUUUCAUGAUACAGUCCAAGGUACCCCCGUUGGAUGAAGCCCAAGCGAUCCACGCUCUUCGGGCCCUUGUGAGCGGGCGAUCGGCGUCAGCCCUGAUGGAUGUUCAAUGUCUCUUGGAAACUUAUUUUCCCAAUGGAUUUCCAUCUUUCGCUCAAUUCUUGACUAUCUUGAAAGAGGCCUUUGGAGGACAGAACUCACCCGAAGUAAUCAAGCAUAUUGUCACUGCUUCGAGGGAUACAACGGGAGACGAAAUCAGUACCGUGAACUGGAGUUAUUCAGGUGGUGGCAAGCAAGCUGUACAUCACUCCACGGCCUUGGCGUCCGUAUUUCAAAGAGUCAAGUCUGUCGAAUUGCACAUUGCAUCUCGUUUGGAUAUAGAGGGAUGGAAUAUCAUGCUCCAGUCUCUGGCCAGGAGCACUCAAUUGGUGAAAUUGACAAUCAGCCUUCGACGAGUGUAUUCGGAGAAUAUGAGCAUGGCCCUUUUGGACGGGUUGAGCGCUGCCCUCUCGGCUUCGGGAUAUGAUGCGCUAGAGAGAUUUUGCAUGGAUGGUAAUGGGUGGACGAGCACUCGAUGUGACAUUACCGACGCUAUGGAAUCGUUCCUCACUCAAGUCAGCAACAAAAAGCUGGAAUUUCUGCGGGUUGCGAGUUUUCAAAUGCAACACGAUCGAAUCUUUUUGGCAAUUCAAUCCAACAACAACAAGUUGAAGCACUUUGCGGUGCCAUGCUGCCUCGACAAUGUUGAGAAGCUGAACGGCUUGCUGAAUGUAUUGAAGCACCACAAUACAACGUUGGAAAGCGUUGCGGUUUCUCAUGUCUCUGUGGUUGGCUCAAUCGAAGACAGAGGCAUCAAAUACUUUUGUGUUCUGAAUGCUCUUGGGCGCCGCAACGCAAGGCUCUCCACCACCAAUCUGAAUGACUUUGUCAGUUUCCUGAGCUCACGCUUCCCUGAUUUGCUCAACAGCAACCAAGUGGCUAUCUACGAGAAGUUUGGCAGGGUUCCUUUCCUCUACGGGUUACUGAGAGAGAAUCCAAGCAUGUGGUGUGCAGCACAGCUUGCGCCAAACCUACCAUAA